AAAAAAAGGUGUCAUAAGUAAAGCUUUCCUAAUCAACGUAACGAACGUAAAAAUUGAAAAAAAGUAAUAGUACACAAAAUGGGAUAUUCAUAGCUUUAUGGGUAGGAAAUUUUGAUUCAGCUUGUAUAUUUCACGGUAAACUAAAAGUAUCUGUAAAUUAUGUGACACUUUGAAAAAUCAGAUGUUCGGGUUAUGCUAGGUUAGGUAGCACAUUUGAGGAAACACUUUUUGUAACAUGGCUUCUAAAGUUGAGAUUUAUAAAGAAGUUUUAACUCAAUGCACAGAAUCAAAGUUGGAUGAAACGAUUGUGAAUUAUUUGGCGGGUAUAUUAUUUUCAAAGUUUUUUAAGAGUUUGAUAUAUGUGACUUUGUUAGGUUUAUUAGAGCAUGAAGAAAACGAUGCUCUUAACGGAAGAACAGUGGAGACUCUUAUAGGAUUGUUUGUUUUAGAUGCUUGUAUUUGCACUACACAGGAUGAGUUAAAAGAGUUUUGUAGUUGUUUUGCAACGCAUGUUCGUCAAAGUUUGAUUGCUAAAAAUCUUUUAAAAUGUAAUAAUAAAAACACUUUUUUUGACGAUGUUGAAAUAUCAGAAGCACACCCUUUCAGCAUAAAAAAGUUUCUGGUUGAUGCGGAGUCUGGAUUCGUUGAUCCCUUUUUGGGUGUUCGUAAGGUUGAUGUUAAUUUUAAUUCAGGGAUUUCCCUUACGGAAUCUUUGAAAAUAGAGGCAGAACGUAGUGCGAAAAGAGCGAAACAACUUAAAUUAAUGAAGGAAUGGGAGAAUUCUAGAGCUCCUCUUCCAGCUCCAUCCAGAAGAAGUGGAGAUAGACAACUGGAUAGUAUUUCGGAUGUUUUAGUCGAUUGCUUUUCUAUUUCUGUUGGUGGUCAUGAACUUUUAACGGAUGCAUCAUUAAAAAUAGUAAUGGGUCGCAAAUAUGGUUUGAUUGGAAGAAACGGGAUAGGGAAAAGUACCUUUAUCAGUUCUUUGGCUCGACAACAAAUACACGGUGUACCAAAAGAUUUAAGUAUUGGUUGUGUAGAACAGGAAUUGAGUACAAGCGUUCUUGAAAAAACAGCUUUGGAUGCAGUUUUAUGCAUACACGUCGAGCGUGAUGAACUAUUGAAAAAAGAAAAACAGUUAUUGGAGAAAAAACCAUAUGUAUGUUUAAUGCAUACGGAUGACAUUGGAAAAGAAUUGGGUGAAGUAUAUAGUCGUUUGGAGCUUAUAGAAUCUGGUGCAGUUGAAGCUGAGGCGGCUUCGCUUCUUUUCGGGCUUGGAUUCUCGGUUGAACUACAGAAGACACAUGUGAAGAAUUUAUCUGGUGGAUGGCGAGUUCGUGUAGCAUUAGCUCGUGGACUUUUUGCGCGUCCAGAUAUUUUAUGUUUAGAUGAACCAACGAAUCAUUUAGAUCUUCAUGCUGUAAAUUGGCUCACGGAAUUUUUGAUUUCCUCGCCAAUGACUUGUAUUAUUGUGUCACACGCUCGUACAUUUCUAAACGAUGUUUGCUCGGAUAUCAUCGAUUUUGUUGAUAAAAAACUGAAUUAUUAUAAAGGAAAUUAUGAUAUGUUUGAAAAAGUGAAAAUUGAGGCAAGUCGUUUACAGCAGAGGCAGUUUGAAGCUCAACAAAUGAAGCGAGAGCAUGUUCAAAAAUUUAUUGACCGUUUUCGUUAUAAAGCUUCUCUUGCUGCUUCCGUUCAGUCGCGUAUUAAAGCAUUAGCAAAACUUCCUCAUUUAGAAGCUGUUGCUGAGGAUGCAUCUUUAUUUUUCAAACUACCGGUACCAGAGGAACUACCAACACCUAUACUUCAGCUUGAUGGAGCUUGGUUUGCUUAUGAUAAAGAAAAUUCUCGAGAUGAUACCAAAUGGAUACUAGAAAAUGUUUCUUUCUCCGUCGAUUUAAAUAGUAGAAUAGCGAUAUGCGGGGUUAAUGGAUGUGGGAAGUCAACCUUUUUAAAACUUUUGGCAGGUGGAGCGGAACCACAGAAAGGUUUUUGUAAAAGGCUUAAUAAGCUGCGAAUAGGUUAUUUCAGUCAACAUCAUGUAGAACAAUUAGAUUUAACUCUGAAUUCUGUUCAACAGCUCCAAACAUUAUAUAGCAGUGCAAAUUUAAAAGAUGAGGAUGCUAGAUCCUAUUUAGGAAAAUUUGGAGUAUCAGGACUGAUGGCUCUUGAGCCUUUGUACGUAUUAUCUGGAGGGCAAAAAAGUCGUGUAGCUAUAGCGGUUAUGUGUUUUACAAAUCCGCACAUUUUGUUGCUGGAUGAACCAACCAAUCAUUUAGAUUUAAAUGCUGUGGAAGCACUAAUUGUGGCUUUAAAUGAUUAUAAAGGAGGAAUCGUUAUUGUUUCUCAUGAUAUGCAUCUUCUUUCCUGUGUUGUCGAUGAUAUUUAUCAUGUUAGCAGUGAAAAGCAUACCGUUACGCGGUAUAACGGUACAAUAGAAUCGUAUAGACGAGAUUUAUUAAAAAAGAACAUUUAAGUCAUUUUUUUCGGGUAUACCUACGAUAUAGGUAAAGUAUUUUUUUUGGUUGGAAAACAAAAUAAAGUGAAUGUAUAGACAUUGGUCUAUACAUUAAAUAGAAAAGUUUAACUAGCUCUAACCAUAUAUGUAUAACAAUUUGCC